CUGUUAGUUCACAGGAUGAAGAUAUGGGACAGUUCGAUAUGCAAGAUCCCUUAGAGGAGUCCACAACAUCAUUAGUAUCAUCCUCAACAUCAGCAUAUUCAUCCUUCCCUGUAGAUGUGGUGGUUUAUGUACGAGUUCAGCCUUCUCAAAUCAAGUUCAGUUGCUUGCCAGUAUCAAGAGUUGAAUGCAUGCUGAAAUUGCCUUCCCUGGAUCUUGUUUUCUCUUCAAACCGAGGAGAACUGGAAACAUUAGGCACAACAUACCUGUCAGAAAAUGUGUCAGUUGGUGUCAGUACUUCACAGAGUGGCUCAAAGAAUUCAGUUAAUAAAUCUGGAGCACCAGGUUCCUCACCUGGCCUAGGCAGCCCUCUUGGCAGAACACGGCACAGCAGCAGUCAGUCAGACUUGACUACUUCUAGUAGCAGCUCUUCAGGCCUGAGCUUUACUGCCUGCAUGUCUGAUUUCUCCCUCUAUGUGUUCCAUCCAUACGGAGCUGGAAAACAGAAAUCUGCUGUUACUGUUCUAACCCCUGGAUCAGGAGCCUUAGGUAAUGUGGAUGAGGAGCCAACUUCAGUCACUGGCCGGAAGGAUUCUUUGAGCAUUAAUCUUGAGUUUGUGAAAGUCAGCCUGUCACGAAUAAGGCGUUCAGGAGGUUCCUCCUUUUUUGAGAGUCAGUCUGCAAGCAAAGCUACCAGCAAGAUAGAUACUACAUUGAUAAACAUAUCUGCUGUCUGUGAUAUAGGAUCUGCUUCUUUUAAAUACGAUAUGCGCCGACUCAGUGAGAUUCUAGCCUUUCCAAGGGCUUGGUACAGGAGAAGCAUUGCUAGACGGCUUUUCCUGGGUGAUCAGACAAUAAACUUGCCAGCAUCGGGUCCUGGAACACCGGAUUCGAUUGAAGGGGUAAGCCAGCAUCUUUCUCCUGAAUCAUCAAGGAAAGCAUACUGUAGAACGUGGGAGCAGCCCUGCCAAUCUGCUUCAUUUACACACAUGGCACAGUCACCUAAUGUUUUUAAUGAACAUAAUGCAAACAGCAGUAUGUCACCUGGGACAGCAUCUCAUAGCUUAAAGUCUCCAGCCGUAACAAGAUCCAGGAGCGUGUCUGACUCUUCAGUGCCUCAGAGAGAUACUCUCUCAAAAACAUCAACUCCAUUUAAUAAGUCAAAUAAAGCUGGAAGCCAGCAAGGAACGCCAUGGGAAACACUGGUUGUAUUUGCUAUGAACUUAAAACAAUUAAAUGUUCAAAUGAAUAUGAGCAAUGUAAUGGGCAAUACUACGUGGACCACCAGUGGUUUGAAAAGCCAGGGUCGUCUCUCUGUGGGUAGUAGCAGAGAUCGAGAAAUUAGCAUGUCUGUUGGCUUGGGAAGAUCACAGUUGGACUCCAGAGGAGGAGUUGUUGGAGGUACCAUAGAUGUUAAUACCCUGGAAAUGGUGGCUCAUAUUUCUGAGCACCCAAAUCAACAGCCCAGUCAUAAAAUUCAAAUUACCAUGGGUUCUACUGAAGCACGUGUUGACUAUAUGGGGUCCAGUAUCCUAAUGGGAAUCUUCAGUAAUGCUGAUCUGAAACUACAGGAUGAAUGGAAAAUUAAUCUAUAUAAUGCUUUGGACUCAAGUAUCUCUGAUAAAAGUGAGAUAUUUGUCCAUGGGGACUUGAAAUGGGAUAUCUUCCAAGUUAUGAUUUCAAGAUCAACUACACCAGACCUGAUAAAAAUAGGAAUGAAACUCCAGGAGUUCUUUACUCAGCAGUUUGAUACAAGCAAGCGAGCACUGUCCACUUGGGGACCUGUUCCUUAUCUCCCCCCCAAGACAAUGGCCAACAACUUGGAGAGAAGCUCACAUGAGCAAUUUUUGGAUGCAGCCCAUCAUCGCCACUGGCCAGGAGUUUUGAAAGUGGUAUCGGGGUGCCAUAUAUCCUUAUUUCAGAUGCCAUUGCCAGAAGAUGGAAUGCAAUUUGGAGGAUCCAUGAGUCUUCAUGGAAACCAUAUGACGCUGGCUUGUUUUCAUGGACCCAACUUCCGCUCAAAAUCGUGGGCCUUAUUUCACCUGGAAGAACCCAAUAUUGCAUUUUGGACAGAAGCCCAGAAAGUUUGGGAAGAUGGUACUAGCGAACACUCCACAUAUAUUGUGCAAACCCUGGACUUUCAUUUGGGCCAUAACACUAUGGUCACCAAACCAUGUGGAGCCCUCGAAAGCCCGAUGGCGACAAUCACAAAGAUAACAAGGCGCCGCCAUGAUAACCCCCCGCAUGGAGUUGCCAGUGUGAAAGAGUGGUUCAAUUACGUUACAGCCACAAGGAAUGAAGAGUUAAACCUGCUGCGAAAUGUCGAUGCGAACAACCCAGAGAGCAGCACGACCGUGAAAAGCUCAAGCUUGCUAAGUGGAUUCAGAGGUGGCUCCAGUUACAACCAUGAAACUGAAACCAUCUUUGCACUGCCAAGGAUGCAGCUGGAUUUUAAAUCUAUUCAUGUUCAAGAGCCCCAAGAGCCUUCAUUACAAGAUACAAGUGUUAAACCAAAGGUGGAAUGCAGUGUGGUAACUGAAUUUACAGACCAUAUUUGUGUAACAAUGGAUGCUGAGUUGAUUAUGUUUCUGCAUGACUUGGUAUCUGCUUAUCUAAAAGAAAAAGAAAAAGCAAUCUUCCCUCCUCGCAUUUUGGCUGCUCGUCCAGGACAGAAAAACUCUGUUGGUGUUCUUGAGGACAGCUCCACUGACAAGGAGGCAGAAGAAAGCAUUACUUAUACUACAGUUGACUGGAGAGAAUUUAUGUGCAAUACUUGGCAUUUGGAACCCACGCUCAGAUUAAUAUCCUGGACUGGGAGAAAAAUUGAUCCUGUUGGUGUUGACUACAUCCUCCAAAAGCUGGGCUUUCACCAUGCAAGGACUACUAUUCCGAAGUGGCUGCAGCGUGGCGUCAUGGAUCCUCUGGACAAAGUCUUGUCAGUCCUCAUAAAGAAACUUGGUACUGCACUACAGGAUGAAAAGGAGAAGAAAGGAAAAGACAAAGAAGAAUACUAAAACCAGAAUGUGACAGCUGUAAUUCCGUUUUGAUUUUAUCAAAGUGGUUUAUUAUAAGAAUUUAAAUAUGGUUUAAAGAGAAACCUAACAGCUUUUUGCUACUCUAUUUAAAACUUACAUUGUGAGUAACUGUUUACCGUGGUACAUGAUACCAUUUCUCUAUUUGAAGUUAUUGCAUGAUGAUGACCAAUGUAUAUUCUGUGAAGGAAUAGCUGGAACACUGUAAAUGUGCUCCUCAGUGCCCAGUUUUAUGAUGUGCAAUAUGAUUCCUGCAUCUUUAAAAUACUUGCAGAUUAACUGUGAAUUUUCAUAAACUUUAUUUGCCAUAACACAAGCCCCUUGGUGAUGUGACUGGUAAUUGUCAAUGUAGACUUGUGUAAAUUAUAUAUGUAUAUAUAACUUAUGAAACUGUGAUUGCCUUAGUGCUAAAAAUCAUUACGUUUAUUACACUUGUAAUAAAAUUUAACUACUGUACAGG